AUGAAUCUCACACCUUCUAUUCAUAGGACGCUAUCUAAUCUAACAUCAAGCGGAUAUCUUACUUUUCCGGAGUUCGCCCUUGCCAUGUACCUAACCAAUCUGAAACUUAAGGGUCAAGAACUGCCGGCUGCCGUCCCGGAUAGCAUACGCAAUGAAGUAUUAGGCAUUAUAGACCAAAUAAAAGCUAUCGAACAGAAGCAACAACAACAACAGCUUGCGUCUCAGGCACAGAAGAAUAUCUUGCCUCAGCCACAAAUGGUUCAACAAUAUGGUGGAAUGUCAGUAGUUCCUAAUGUUGGACAAUAUGCUGUUACUCCGUCUGUUGUUACUUCUGUUGGAGCUCCUAUAGUACAAGAUAUGACGCCAUUUGCACAGAGGAUGAUGCCCCAACAGAACCCCCCUCAACAGUACAGUACAGCUGGAUUACAAGGAAAUGCGAAAAUUUCGUGGGUUGUAACACCAGAAGAAAAAAUUCAGUAUCGAACGAUAUUUAGACAGUGGGAUUCAACGGGGUUGGGAUAUUUAGAUGGUAAAAAGGCAAGGGAAAUAUUAUCACAAUCAGGUUUGCCGGAAAGCGACUUGAUGCAGAUUUGGAAUUUAUCUGAUCCCAAUAACAAUGGUAAACUAAAUCAAGACGAAUUCGCUGUGGCCAUGCAUUUGAUUUACAGAAGACUGAAUGGUUACGAUAUUCCCGCAACACUUCCGCCUGAACUUAUCCCCCCUUCUACGAGAGAUUUGGCCGAAAGUGUUAAUCAGCUUAAGAAUCUCUUGACCUCGGAAGUGCAUGCUUCACAAGCAGGAUUAGGUUCAACAAGUGGUUCCCAAUAUGUGAAAUCGAGAAGUUUUACUAGUACUCCUGUGGUUGAUAGAAAUGAUGCUGUGGUGUACAAACAUAAGGAUGAUGAGGUUGGUUACGUAUCGGCUGCAAGAAGACGAGUUCCUCCAGUUUCUCGUAGUGCGUCCAGUUCAUUUUCUUCUACACCCAGGUCAACAUUUUCUGAAUCAAUCGGUGAAGACUCAUCAAACAAAUUAUCGGAGGCGCUAUCGGACACUGGUGACUUAAAAUAUAAGAUUAAAGAACUGCAAAGAAAAAUCGAGGCAGCGCGAGACUCUAAUCCGGAAUGGCUUUCUAGGGAGUACAAUAGGAAUUCUGAUGAUUUGAAUUCUUUGUUAGAACAGCAUCGAGAUUUGGAUUAUGAUCUCAACAAAAUGCUUUCAAAUGCUAUCCCGGACAUAGUUUAUCGAGCUCGUAAGAUAUCUAGUAAAGUUUCAGAUUCAAAGUUGGAACUUUUUAAAAUCAGAGAUGAACGAACGUCGUGGAGAUCCUAUGGUUAUGGCGGUAGCGGAUAUGAUCCGUCUGCAUCAAGACGUAUAGAAGAGGAGACCGCAAGAAUUAAGGAUGAAAAGGCUUCACAGGAUCGACUGAUUGAAGAUAUUGAAAGGAAGGCGUCAAAGUUGCGUGAUUAUAUGGUUCAGGUUUCAAGGGAUCGUGAAGAAAUUGAAGAAAAACUACGACAAUUUAAUCGAAGCAAGGAUGCCCAGGAUAGUGAAACAAAAAAAUGGGAGGAUGGAAUUGGUGUUAGUGAGGAGGUUCGUCUGUUCAUAGAGGAUCUCAAGCGUGAUGAGCGUAGGACUUCAUCUCGUUCGGAAUAUAGUGAAACACGUUUUUCGUCGUCAACCGGUGAUGAUACCUAUAAACGUCCGACUUCAACAAAUUCAGUUUACAUUUCUAGUAGCUCGUCGCCGAGUUCAUCUAAAGCGAAAACCCCCGAGGAACGUGAAGCAUUCAUCAAGGCCGAGGCUAAGCGCAUGCUGCAAGAGCGUCUAGAAAAAAUCGGCAAGUUACUGGCCGAGAAGCAAGAAAAGGCGGAGAAAGAAGCCGAAAGGUUAAGGAAGAUGGAAGAAUUUGAGCGGAGGGAGGAAGAAAGGAGAAAUCAAUUUCUUUCGGAAGCUAGAGAGAUGGAGCGUACAAAAAUUAAGAAAGCUCAAGAUAAGGAGGAAGCUGCACGUGCGAUGGAAUUAGAAUUGGAGAGGAGACGACUUGCGGAAGUUGAAAGAGAAAAGCGUCAGCAAGAAGAACGUCUAGCCCGUAUUAAGAGGGAAGCCGAAGAGCGCAAAGCUGAGGAAGAACGUCGAAGGCUUGAGCAAGAAGCCCUCAUAGAAAAUUCAAGGGCGGCUAGGGAAAGAGCAAAGCAGAGAGAAGAGGAGGCCAAGAAACUGGAAGAAAUUAAGAGAAGGGACACUGAAAUACUAGCAAAGUCCAAGAAAGAAGAAACAAAUUUACAAUCAAAGGUCCCUGAAGAUUCAGAGAUUUCAUCUUCGCCCGUCGAGCCCAUCAGCAACAAUCCAUUUUUAAAAUUCGGCAAAACCUCUCAGGAUCAAUCUAGCGAGAAUGUUGACACCAAACCUUUAGAAAGUACGAAUCCCUUUUAUAAAUUUACGACCGGAACGAGCACGGGUCAUGCCACUAUUUCCCGGGAAGCUCAAGAAGAUAAUGAAUGGAGUGUAAUUGAUCGGGACGGGGAUAGCAGUGAUGAUGAUGUCAAUAUUCCUGUUGGAAAUGCUAAAAAUCUUGCUGCUAAGUUAUUCGGUUCUAUUGGAUUUCCACAAAUGAGCCAACCUACCGAACUGUCAAACUCCGAAUCAAAGAGAGAUAUUUCAUCACCUCCGGAAAUUUCGUCUAAUAACACAAGCAAGGUGAUCAACUCCACCAGUUCUUCCACGGAUGUUCCAAAUGUCGGUCAUCCUAGUGGCAUAGGUGAGAUAUUAUCCGGAUCAGUUCCGAAUAAUAAGAGUGGCGGCGGAAUUGAGAUGAGUCGUUCGGUAGACGAAGAGCGUCCGGCUGUGGCAGUUCCUCGACAAAGAUCUUUUCCCAAGCCUGAUCGCAGAACUUCGACUGAUUGGUUUGGAAGUUUAGCAUCGGAUCAACUCGCAGGGGAACUAAAAGUCUCAGCACCACCACAGGUGUUCAAUUCUCAGACAACGAUUAAGGAUGAAAAUGGGUUACCGCAGGCGGCACUUGUCAAACAGGCCGAGUCGUCAACCACUGUCACAUCGGCCGAAGAUGAUGUCGACUUUUCUCAGGAAUUCCGCGUGAAAAGUAUGUUUCCUUAUUUUGGCAACGGUGACCCGGAUAGUCUUCAGUUUGAGUCGGGUGCCGUUUUCAGAGCGCAUCCUUCCAAGAACGAAUCCAACGCAGCUUGGUGGUAUGGUGUGAUCGAACAAACCGGAGCAAAGGGAUGGUUCCCAAAAACAUACGUGGAACCGUAUAGCGAAGAAACGGAAAUUUGUAAAGCACGAGUCCUCUAUGAAUGGAAAGCGCAAAACUCGGAGGAACUUGACAUUAAACCAGGAAUUGUUGUGUCUAUUCUUGACAAAUCAUUAGGGAGUUGGUGGAAAGCAGAGUAUGAAGGCGCUAAAGGAAUUAUUCCAGCAAAUUAUGUCGAAGAAAUUUCUAGUAGUAGCGUCCAUGACAAAACAGAUGAAGCUGUGACAAGUGAAGUUGAAAAGACAGAUGAUGCAACGGAAGGUGUGACAGAUGAAGGUGUUACAAGUGAAGAUGACACAAGCGAAGAUGAUACAAGUGAAGAUGAUACAACCAGUGAAGAUGAAACUAAUGAAAGUGAUGGCGAAUGUGAUCAAAAGAGUGUGACAUCUAACCCCAAAGAAAAUGAGAUGCCAUUUAAUUCAGUACCCAUAGAAAUACCGCGAUUUAAUAUUCUAUCUGAGCGAUCGCCGGACCAUAAAAAGUCGUCGGCGUCAUUUGAAAUUAGUACAGAAUCACAAAUGCCAUUAGAAUUGGCUAGGAGUCCCAGCCCGACGCGAUUGUUUGGUUCCAGUCCAAUAACUCCGGUAUUCUGGAUGCACGGUGGUACAGAUUCCAAGAUUAGCCCAAGUGCACUAGCAGCUGUUAAACCCGAUGGAUCAGGACAAGGACCGUCGGCGUCAUCGUGGGCCGAUUUAAAAAUCGGGGAAGAUUUAACGAAAGAAGAGCGCAGACGACAGGAAGCUAUUUAUGAAUUGAUAUUCACGGAGCAAACGUAUCUUCGCGAUCUCCAAAUGAUAGUCGAGGUGUUUUAUGGUCCAAUGCAAGAUUUACUCCCCAAGAACGAAUUGGAAAUGAUAUUCUCCAACAUUGAGGACAUAUUAUUACACAACACCGCCAUCCUGAGUGACCUAGAACAACGUCAGAAGGAAGAGGAUUAUAUAGUCAAGAGUGUGGGGGAUGUUCUGGUGAAACACUCGGCUGGCCUGAGGUUAUAUGUAAAGUAUUGUGGGAACCAAAUGAAUGCGAGUAAAUUCAUACAAAAAAAACGCGAAGAAGAUAAAAGGAUCGAAGAAUUUCUCAAGAGAUGCCAACAAAACCCAAAGUGCGGCUCGCUGGAUCUGUGUAGUUUUCUGCUAAAACCAUUGCAACGAAUCACCAGAUACCCAUUGUUGAUACGUCAGAUACUGCACUACACCGGAAAGGAUAACGAGGAUCACAGGUUGAUGAUGGAGGCCCUUCACAAGGCCGAGAAGGUACUGGAGGAAACAAAUGAGGCGGCGAGGGAACAAGAGAAUAAGAAUAAAUUGUCGGAAAUAGCAAAUUUGAUAGAUUUAGAGCGUUUGGAAGAGCCGAUACCUCUAAAUGAGAUCUUUGUAAAAGAUGUUGGUCCGGAUGACACAUGCUUUCAGGUAAUUCACAUAGCGGACACUAUAAAUCUGCGUGCAGCCAACGCUUCCAUGAAGAGACAAUGGGUGAAUCAACUUGAAACAGCUAGCGGCUAUUGCCUCACGAAGGAGCGUCAGGCACAGAGAGGAGAAAGCACGUCUGCGCCAGCGGAUCACAUUAGCGGCACGCUCAGGGUUUUGGUGUAUGAGGGCAUACUUCCGGAAGAGUUGCAUGGUGAGUCCGAUAAGUUGAACAAUAUUCACGCGUACUGUCAGGUGCAGUUAAACCGACAAAUAUUCAAGACAAAGAUAGUGAAGGGCACGAUAUCGCCACAUUGGAAUCAGUACCUGAUGUUCUCCGUUACGACCUUGGAGGAUGUGAUAAAGGUAUCGGUGCUUAAUUACGACAAAUACACGCAAGACGAGUAUUUAGGUCAGGCGGAAAUUGGAUUACGCUUUCUCAAACAUUACGGUGACAACGAGACGGAAAAAAUUACUUUAGGAUUAAAGCCCAGUGGUGGUUCCAUAUCCAUAUAUUUAAGCUAUAAAGCAACUUUUUAG